AUGGAAACGGGCGAGGACGACGGCGGCCGCCGAGGGACACACGCGGGGCCGGAACGGCGCUUGAGGCGCGCGGAGCGCCAGCGGGCCCCGCCGCUGCUGAGGGGCGCCGCCGCCGCCAUGGAGGCCGGGGGCGGCGGGGGCAGAGGCGGGCCGAGCCAGGCGUCGGCGGCGGCCUCCCCGCCGCGCUACCGCCUAGUGGCGGAGAUCGGGCGCGGCGCCUACGGCGUGGUCUACGAGGCCGUGUCCGGGCGCAGCGGCGCGCGCCUGGCCGUCAAGCGCAUCCGCUGCGACGCGCCCGAGAACGUGGAGCUGGCGCUGGCCGAGUUCUGGGCCCUGACCAGCCUGCGCCGCCGCCACCCCAACGUGGUGCGCUUCGAGGAGUGCGUCCUGCAGCGCGACGGCCUCGGGCAGCGCAUGAGCCACGGCAACAAGCAGAGCGCGCUCUACCUCCGCCUGGUCGAGACCUCCCUCAAAGGUGAGAGGAUCCUGGGCUAUGCUGAAGAACCUUGUUAUCUUUGGUUUGUCAUGGAGUACUGUGAAGGAGGAGACCUGAACCAGUAUAUCCUUUCUCGCAGACCGGACCCAGCCACCAACAAGAGUUUCAUGCUCCAGCUGACAAGCGCGAUCGCCUUUCUUCACAAGAACCACAUCGUGCACAGGGACCUGAAGCCAGACAAUAUCCUGAUCACAGAGAAAUCAGGUGCUCCCAUUCUUAAGGUGGCCGACUUCGGCCUCAGCAAGGUGUGUGCCGGCUUGACUGCUCGAGGCAAGGACGGGGGGAACGAUAACAAAAAUGUGAAUGUGAACAAGUACUGGCUGUCUUCAGCUUGCGGCUCCGACUUCUACAUGGCUCCCGAGGUCUGGGAGGGACACUACACUGCCAAGGCAGACAUCUUUGCCCUGGGCAUCAUUAUCUGGGCCAUGAUUGAGAGGAUAACGUUCAUCGAUGCCGAGACCAAGAAGGAACUUCUGGGGACCUACAUCAAGCAGGGGACGGAGAUUGUGCCUGUCGGGGAGGCGCUGCUAGAAAACCCAAAGAUGGAGUUGCACAUCCCCCAGAAACGAAGGACUUCCAUGUCCGAGGGGAUCAAGCAGCUCUUGAAAGACAUGUUGGCUGCUAACCCACAGGACCGACCCGAUGCCUUUGAGCUUGAAUCCAGGAUGGACCAGGUUACUUGUGCUGCUUAAACUCAGGUCAGAGCGUUGGAGUGCUUUGAAAACUGGGGAUUUCUUUCCAGGGACCUACAAUCUCCAUGAUCUCCAUGCAUAGAGGAAAGGUGAAGAUGGUCCAGGUUGAACACCAGGAUUUCUGGCAACAUGAAGCUUUGAGAUUCUUCUUGAAGUCCAGUGAGGCAUAAGAAGAGCAGGAGUUAUUGUAACCCACCAUUAUGAGACUAUUAAAAGUUUUUUUGUUUUUAAUUUACAUUUUCCCCUUCCACCCCCUCCUGCCAACUUAGCUUUGCUGAUCAACUCAAUCUGUGCAGGUACUUCUGGAGUUCCUCUUCCACCAAAUCUAAAUACUGAAACAAAUCUACCACACAUUCUGUUCUGCUGCUGCUGCUAAGUACCAGAACUUUGGGACAAGAUGAGCAUAAGAUUUGUCUAGCAGGGAGAAUUGCUCUGGGAUUGUGAGGCCUACAGCUAAACAUGAUGUUGAAACCAACUUUUGCCUCUGUUUAGCCUCUGCAGAUGGGAACAAAAAGCAGGAUGGGAUACCUUCCCCUCCUCCGUUCCCUUCCUAAAAGAGCUGUUCACCUGUGGAACUUGGCAGCACAAAAUCUGAACAUGAUUGUUGAAGCGGGAAGCUACUUUAAAAAUGACUCUAAACUUAGAAACGGUUUGACAGCUGUGAAAGAGGUUCUCAUAGGUCAAGAGCGUGGUGGUGCCUGGAGAGGGUGACCACACGUUGUGCUCUUCACGAAGGUGGCUUCUGUCCCUACCAGAAGUCCACACCGGUAGGUGGCCUGCUUGGUCGCUUGAGUGGUCAGUACCAGAAACAUCAAGUUAGCCUCUUUCUCAGCAUGGGCUGCUUUUACCUGUUCGAUUAUUCUAGUCUUCUUGAGGGUUCUCUCGGUAGAUCUUACCUGGACCUGUCUCUCUGUACAGGAUGGUGCAAGACACAGUCCCCAGGGCUGUGCGCAUGCUGGCAUCCAUACGCGCGUAGUGCGGCCUGUUCCAUGUUCGUUCCAUUUGAAAAGCUCGCUUGUAGUUCUAAGAAUCAUUUCUCAACAGCCAUUCCAUUGACCAGGUAGACCUGACUCUUGCUCACAGUGAGUAGGUCUUUACCCUGACCUUGUCAACAGCUGCUGGGAAAGCUUUUGCCCCUCUGCUUCCCUGCGGCUGGUCUUCAUUUGCGCUGACGGUGCUGUUGAAGUAAGCAGUGCUUACUCCUUGUGCUCUACAGACUUAGAACAAUGAGGGAGCCUGCAAGGCAGUGCAGCUGGGUCAAGUGUGGAGCGAUCCGCCUCACCUAUAGGGUGAGCUCUCAUUAGCGUUUGCAAGGCUCUGGAGGAGAUGCAGUGAUGUUUCCUUUGCAGCUCUUGGGAGGUAUUUCUCCCCCAGUCAUUGGCCUUAUCAGGACCCUCUUUUGUCUAAUAGACUGCUUGUUUGCAUUCGCUUUCUCCCACUCUUCCAUGCCUUUCCAGCUUGUGGAGAAGCCACAGUCGGAGCAUGAUGAAGCCAGCUGCUUCCCUGUUUAAGAAAGUUUUGUGGCUAAGAAAGUUUUGGUUUUGUUUUGUUUUGUUUUGUUUUGUUUUGUUUUGUUUUGUUUUGUGGCUAUCCUGGCUGGCCAUUUGCAAUUCCUCUUGGCCUUGCCUGGAUUUUCUAACUACAAGUUUUGCUUAUUUUUUUUUCCAUGCUGCUCCCCAAAACCUAGCAAUUAGAAUUUAUUUGCUGCAGGUCUAGGGAGAAAUUGGAAGAGUUGUUGCAAACCUGAAAAGUCCAGAGAGAAAGGAGUAAAGAGCCCUUAUUUCUUAGUACAUCCAAAAUUAAGGACUGUAAGAAUUUAGGAGCAAAGCUGCCUUGUUCUUUUUCAAGACCAUAAGCUCUCUGUCUCUUGAACAGCCUUUCAUCAAUUCCUUUAAACAGUAAAGUAUUUGCCUCAAGUGACCAGAAGCCGGGGGGGGGGGCAACAGAUGUUGCAGCUCUCGGGAGAUGUGACAUGCAUUACAUGUCCAAACUCUCACGACUCUGUUCUCUUCUACUUUUUCCUACUCCACCCAAACACGGGCAUUCCUGGAACAGCCAUCUUCCAAAUGGCAAGAGGUGUUCCUCUUUCAGGGAGUUCAUAACAGUUGCAUUGUGUUUGCCGCUUUUUGGACUGGCAACACAAAACCAUCACGCAACCAAGUGACUUCAUCCUAGCGACCCCUUUGGGGCUUCUGUUCCAUCUGUCAUGACAGUGCAGGAGAAGAGUGAAGCUUGGAGGUGGGUCGCCUUGAAUCGGAGGAACCGAGGCGCUUGACGUGACUCGUGUGGCCUUGGGAACCACAGGUGCACAUGCAACCCUUGGACUCCUCGGCGACGUGCCAGGCUGCAGAGUUUCCCCUGUGGCAUCAUCCACCUUAACCAGUCCAUAUUUUCGACCAGCAGCCACCAGAUGAGGCUCUGCAUUCUUCCCUUGGGAUCCCAGAGCAUGAGGGGAGACUUAGAGCGGGUAGCCCUUGCUUUUCACUGCUGCACUUUGGGGUAGCGUGUAGAGGAAGCCGUGAAGAUGGGUGCACGACCCCCUCCCUGCAGAAGGCUUUUCAGGCAAACACACGCCCUGGCUUGAAUUCACGGCUUCUGUAACGCCGCCACUUUGGUACUGAUGCGACUUCAAACACCUCCUCUACUGUUUUGUCCUUGUUGCCGUUAAGACUGUUGUUUUGCAGUGGUAGGUAGACCAUAGUGCCUUACGGGGGGGCUCAAAGGGUCCUUCGCAGGGCAGGGUUAGAUCAAGAAAGGCCUUUUUCUGCUUUUCGGGGCUGCUCCAACUGUGGUGGUCUCUCUCCUCCCACAGCGACCCACUGAGCUCUUCAGAAAUAGCCUCUCCUUAUCUUAGUUCUGACCAUCCCAUAGCACAUUUCAUUCAGGAUGACAACAUGAAAGCACUGAUUUGUUUGAAGGAACCUUCCCGCAGGUUCCUAAGGAAGAGACCAGCUGCCCCACCCGCUGCUCCAGCAUCUGGCUGCCUCAUCUUUGGGUUGUGCAUGUGAAUGUGGUGGUGUGUUGCAAGCAGUCGGAAAAGGUUUCACUUGAGUCUUCUGGGGUCCCAAGAGUCCCAGUACUACAGCCUGCGUUAAUAGCACCCCCAGUUACACUCAAAAGAGUCUUCCCCACCCCCACCACCAUUCCUAUUCCAGUUAUCGUGAAUGAAUUUUGAAUGAAAAUUGGUAGUUCAUUACUGCGAAAAGAAUGAAAUAUUGCUGACCUUUGGUGCACAGGUGUGUUGGUUGGUUGCUUUUUGUUUUGGGGGGUCGGGGGGAGGGGGCUGACUGACGUGACUUUCCUUGGUUGUGGGGAUGUUUUUUAUAUCACACUGUUUACAUCGAACAGCGCUGUUUACAGUUGGUGGUGUGGGUUGGAACUUGCCAGACACCUUCUCUUCCUGGUGCAGUCGCUCGUAGGUGGACUGUUAGAUGAAAUUUGCACCUGGCUUCAGCACAUUCCAACACCCUCCGCCAACGCCUCUGCCACCUCCCUUCCCUUGGGUUCUUCGUUUACAUUGCAGGGAUUGGAGAACCCAGCAACAAAAGGGCAGCGGGGGCAUCUCCCGGUGUGCCGCGCGUUCCAGCGAGGCUGGUUCUGCCCCUCGGAUCAGCCAGAGCGGGAGCCGGCCCUCCCUGGCGUCUUGAAAACAGUUGAAGGCUCAGGCUGCCUUCUUGGUUUGGCUGCAGGCUCGGAGGCCAGAAGGGAGAAGAGCCCUCGGCGCAUCCUGGCGGCACACCAGAUGACGAGGAGGUGGCUCUCUCUCCACAGGCUAGUGAUUCUCCUGCUCGCCUGCUGGCAGCUUCCUGUUCAGCACAGUUGUCACGAGUCUUGAAACACUUAACUUCCUGGCUUGUACUGUGUGCGCUUCCAGAGCAGGUUGAUACUGCCAGGCGAAUUGGGACGUGAGAAUCCUGGUCCCAGUGGCACUGUCUGAACCAGGUCUGCUCCGGCACUGUCCGUACCACGCUUGCCGGCUGAAGAGCGGGGCUUUUUACCAAGCGCUGCAGCAGCUGGCUGGAAUAAGGUGACUGCGAUCGGCUUUCCUGGGGUACAGGUGCUUCUGAGGGGCGACUCUCCGUUGCCCUGCACCUGUGCUUGGGAAGACCGGCCUCUGAUCAUCGUUGCACUGAGUCAAGCCUGACCUGAGGCUUCCAAGGAAGGACGGAAGUGCCUGACCUGGCAGGCACCUGCUGUUUGUUUGGGGCCCUUUAGAGACCAAGGCAUGCUCUGGGUGAGCCUUGACUUCCACCUCUAUUUGGGCUGCAAGACCACUGCCCCCGAGUAGAGGAGACUGCAGAGAGAGGCUGCCAAGCCGUGCCAGCCCAUCUUGAAGCUGAAGCUGCUGGGAAGGCAAUCUGUUUCUAGCCCGUGUCUGUUCUCACAGCUCCCAUCUCACGGCUGCAUUUUCAGCUCCCCCGAAACUUGUGUUGCUCUUCAGUGGAAGAGGCAGAGAUGAACUGAAGACUUGAGCUCUCAUCUCUCCUCUUCUUCCUGCUACUGCUGCUUUUGUGUUCUAAGGGAUGAGGUGCUGCCAAUGAGUGGCAGUUGUCUUCCUCUCCCCCUUACACUUCUGUUCCCUCAGGAUCCUGCUCUGUGCCUCCCAGGUAUCUCCAAACACUGCCAGAGUCUUUCUGUAGAGCAAUAAUUUUUGUUUUCCAAGCGAGAGAGAUUGCAGUCUCCAAAUUCCUUGUAAUUCGUUUCGUCCCUGCAUAUAUCUAGUCUUGUGCCAUUGUCUAGUCUGGGUUUAAGCCGGCUGGGUUGCACUGUGACAUAGGUUGAGCCAAGGUGGUGGGUAAAGAUCAGGCCACUCCGGGAUUCUUUCAACAGAAAUGCAUCUUUUGGGCAAAUGGAUCUAAGGGACAAAAUAGGUUUUGUCUCCGGACAAGCUGUUGCACCACUACCACUGGGGCUGAUAGGUGGCCAUCUGCAGGUUUGGGUCUACUUCCCCGUCCCCUGGCAACAAGAUUUCUCAGCCACUGCUGGCCUCGGAGGACCUGUCACCGUGUGUCUGCAUCACCAGUUUUACUAACGUGAGUCUGAUGAAGCUAAGUGAUGGCCAUCUUAGAACUGGCUUGCUGGCUGUGUGGCACCAUUUUGCUGCAGCAUGGAGCAGUGCUUGGCUCUUAGUCUUGAUCUGAGCAUCCUAACACAGCAGCAGAUUUAACUGUCUGGAAUUAAAUGACUUGCAAAAAGUUCCCCAAAGUAGCUGUCUUAGUCACUUUUCUCCGAGACAUCAAAUCAGGAAAUGCCAGUAUUUGACCAGCAAGAGGGAAAAGCUAACUUUCCCCUCCUUGUACUUUGGGUACCCCAUGUGUCGAUGUCAUCUUUCCACUGAUGUGCUUUCAGAGUUGCAAAAUAAGUGGAAGCGGAACAGGAGGCAUUGGCAUCAAGAAACACGUGCUUACCCACAUGGUCAGCCUGUGUUGGGGCUGUAUUACUUUGAACUGCAGGUGGGUACACAGGAUCGCAUUUUCCAUUCCAAAUCAGUCCCUUCACAAGUUGGUGGGGGGAGACAUUCACUUUCUGCCUGGUGUGCUCAUUUUCUGUCUAGAGGGAGAUGUCUUUGUACACAGGAACACUUACGCACUCCCCACCCGCUUUUGGGAAAAUGGAACGACAAAAAACUUAGGGAGACCACCUCAGAGAAAACUGGGUCACAGUCCAGCUUUGCCCCCCCCCCCAAAACCCGUCUCUCCUUUCCUCCACCUUCAGUUGCAAUUUGAGCUUGUCUCAUGCUUGGUUGGACAUAGAAUUCAUAAACUUUCAAAGCUGAGCGUAACAUGAAAAGGCUUAAACCCAGGAAAAUUACGUUUCCAAUGUUAGUCUUUUAAAAGUAGCUCUUUUUUUCUUUGCACAGAAGCUGGUAAUCUAGGACCUGUUUGUGAACAAUGUUAUGUUUGGGUUUUUUUUUAACUCUUUGGUUUACUUGGGUUGAUGUGCGACCUUGUAUUUAAGUUCUUUGAACACUGUGGAAAUCCUGAUUGUGUAUGAAUGCAGCAGCUUUGUAAAUUAAAGGUAACAUUUGUGUGAAUAAAUCUAGUGGAUGGGGUUGAAAAGCCAUACCCAGUUUUGAAA